CAGGCAGUGAGAGUAGCUGUGGGCAGUGCCCCCCACUACCCCAGGGAUAGGCCAGAGUUGCUCCCUCAAAACAUGGAGAACGGCAGUAGCAGUCGCCUGAGGAAAGCACCUGCUUCAGCGGCAAAAGACUGGGGGGAGGAGUGGAUGGCCUGGGCAGAGGAGGACGCGGAGCUGGGGGGACAUGGAUGGAUCCCGGACACUUGUGUUUUGAAGAUUUAUUUUUAAUUUUGUUCCUAGGUCACACUUCAGCGUGUGUCAAGAUGCCCUCAGCCUCUGAGCCACCAAGUGCCCCAAAUGAAGCUCCCAAGGAAAAGGGGGGUCGGAGCCCGGGACUCCGGGGCGUGCAAACCACCACCUUGUUCCGUGCCGUGAACCCCGAGCUCUUCAUUAAACCUAACAAACCUGUAAUGGCAUUUGGACUCAUAACAAUCACACUCUGUGUGGCCUACAUUGGUUACUUGCAUGCAACACAAGAGAAUAAAAAGGACCUCUAUGAAGCUAUUGACAGUGAAGGAACCAGACCUCCCUGAGUUGCCUGUCUUUAUACUUCCUCCAGACCUGCAAACUUGUCAUGGCAACCACAUCUGUUGUUGGUAGAGGUGAUCACCUUGCACAGUGUCCAUCUGAGUUCUAAACAGCAGAAAGGACCAAGUGAACUCCCUGGUGCUUGCCUAGCCCACAGAGUGGCCCAGCUGGCACAGCCUCACCAUGUUGUUCAAGGCAGUGAGGGCUACCUUGCCCCCUGCUUCACUCCUGUUUCAUCUAAGGUCUGUGGGAGGGUGUUCCUUGCCAGGGUGCAUUUGCUGUUCCCCUGCCCUACAAGCCCCCAGCUGCCUUCAGUAUACCAGCCACGGCGGCUGCAUACUAUUAAGCUGGUGGCUAAGUGCUAUUUAUUUCUUCACCCUUAUGUUCUUUCUUGCUCUGUUAUCUUGUUACCUUGUGUUUCGCCGCAGAGUUCUCAAGGGUGUUAUUCUUAGCUUAGGGGGGCAAAAUGCACCCGGGGGGCCGGAUGCG